CUCACGCGGAAGGGUAACGCCUAGUAAAAUCAGAGAAGGUCGCGGAAAUUUCAACGCUUGUCAUUUUUCCCCAAAAAAGAUAUCGUUUGGCCUUCAGUCAUGACUACUAUGGAUGACAAGCUCCUUGGGGAGAAGCUGCAGUACUACUACAGCAGCAGUGAGGAUGAGGAGAGUGAUCACGAGGAAGAUGAAGGCCAAUCAAAAACCAUCAGGGAUCAGGAAGUGCUGCAGACUCCGAUAGAUUACAGUCCUGACGGCACUGCAGUUAACACCGGUCCAAAAGGUGUGAUCAAUGACUGGAGAAAGUACAAGCAGCUGGAGACAGAGCAGCGAGCCGAGCAACAAAAGGAGAUGGAGCGGCUGAUUAAGAAGCUCAGCAUGACCUGCAGAUCACAACUGGAUGAAGAGCUGGACAAGCAGAAGCAGAAAGAGCUUCAGGACAAGAUCAAUGGCAAGGUAACACUGCGAGUUGAUGAGGAGGAGGAUGACGAUGAUGAAGCCUUCCUCCAGCAGUACCGGCUGCAGCGAAUGGAGGAAAUGAGACGGCAGCUGAGUGGCGGACGACGUUUCGAGCAAGUCAUCAACAUUACCUCAGGCGAGGAAUUCCUGCGUGCUGUUGAUGAAGAGGGCAGAAGCACUCUAGUUCUGGUGCACAUUUUUGAGCCCGAUGUGCCUGCCUGCCAGGCCAUGGAGGGAUGUCUGAUUUGUCUCGCUCUGCAAUAUCCAGAGGUGAAGUUCUGUGCAGCCCAGGGCUCAGUCCUGGGUACCAGCGCUCUGUUUCGCACCUCGGCACUGCCUGCGCUGUUGCUGUACCGCGGUGGCGAUCUGGUUGGCAACCUGCUCCGUGUAUCUGACCAACUAGGUGAGGACUUCUACGCCACUGACGUGGAGGCGCUGCUGCAGGAGUACGGCCUGCUCCCCGAAAAACUUCCACAGACAGCAACACAUUCAUCCAUCCGCACCGGCAACACAAACGACUCCGACAGCGACCUGGAUAUAGACUAAAGACUUUAAAACACAAUAUGUACACACUUCUGCACUGUAACUCAUUGCUGACUGAAACGACCAAAAUUAGUCACACCUGAGUACACACACAAAAAAAAACUUCCAACAAAUUUCUUAAUAGCCUGGAUGUGGACUAUGCACACCUGAUGUACAUAAACACACACACAGGCAACUGCAUAACAGCUCAUGAGCGUUUGAAGUGACCGAAACAAAUUACAGAAGGAUGGACGCGCGCGCACACACACACACACACACACACACACACCAUACUUUAUUCUGAUCCUUGCUCAUGUUUGACUUUACUUAGUGGACCUGGUUUACAGAUUUUUUUUUACAAAACUAAACUGAGUGGACCAAAAACAAUAAUGGAUGCAGGAGGUUCAGGUGUGUGUGUAAGGUGUGAUAGUGUAGUGUAGACAGACAUAGGCAUACAUGAGGGAUCUGUCAGCGUGCCUAAAUAUUGCAUGUCCUUUUAGAAGCAUGAUAUUAUUUGGGUACCAAGGCAAAAGUUAGUCAUAGCAUUGUUCACCUAUAGUAGUACCCCAGUCAAUGAAAAACCCUUAAAGAUAAUACAAGACUAUCAUUUUUAGAAACUUAUGAAAUAUGCUCUUAUGUUUAUUUUAAUAAGAAAGCCUUUAUGUGUGCUUUAUGGAAGACUGAAGGCAGAGAAAGUCAAACAUACAUUUGCGUGUAACUAUUUAUUCUAGUUUUAACUGAGUGUGAUUUCUUUUUAUGUGCAUUGGUUUAGCUUUAAAUAAGAAUAUGGCCUAAAUACUUUUGUUAGUUUUUUGCAUUUUAUAAGUGUCCAUUCUGUCCUCAAUGAAAUUAAAUAAAAAUAGCUCAUGAUGUUCUGCUGA